ACUUGUCAUAGAAGACUGUGUGAUCUCGAAUCUUUUGCCUUUUUGUAGAUCUAUAAAAAUUAAAAAAGUAUUAGCAGUCAUCCUUUGAUUCUUUGCUUUGAUUUUACAAUUUGUACAAAAAUUUGGCUCCUAAAUGAUAAUUUUAUGCCCGAAAAAAAGGAUUAAUUGAAAUAAAAUCAAACAUCAGUAUGUGGAAAAUGGUUUAUUACACAAAAUAGUGAAGUUUAUUCAAAAUGGUUUACGAAUCCAUACCACGAACAGUACGGAUCCUUCUGCUAGGAGAACCUGGAGUUGGAAAGACAUCACUAAUAUUGUCUUUAGUGACUGAAGAAUUUACAGAACAUGUACCACCUAAAGCGGAAGAGAUCACGAUUCCAGCAGAUGUAACGCCGGAACAAGUACCAACUAAUAUUGUCGAUAUUUGCACUGCUGAACAGUCAUUAGAACAAGUGGCAGAGGAAAUAGAAAGGGCUCAUGUAAUAUGUAUAGUUUUUUCAGUUGACAGACAAGAAACAUUGAGUAAAAUAGCCUCAUAUUGGUUACCUUUUGUUAGAGAAAACUGUUCAGAUGAUUACAGAAAGCCUGUCAUACUCGUGGGAAACAAGAUAGACUUGAUCGACUAUUCUGUUAUAGAUAAUAUUUGGGAUAUAGCAGAAGAAUAUCCAGAAGUGGAUAGAUGUAUAGAAUGUUCUGCAAAGUCACUCAUUAAUGUUUCUGAAAUGUUUUAUAAUGCUCAGAAGGCUGUAUUACAUCCAAUCAGCCCAAUUUAUUCGAUAGAAGAACAAGAGCUGACAGAAAAUUGUAAAAGAGCACUCACACGGAUAUUUAAAAUAUGUGACUUGGAUGGUGAUGGUUUGCUUGAUGAUUAUGAAGUAACAAUGUUUCAGAAAAAAUGUUUUGAUUCACCUUUACAAUUACAGGUUUUAGAUGAAGUAAAAUCUGUAAUUGCUCAAAACAUAGCUGGUGGAAUUGAAAAUGAUUGCAUUACAAUAAAAGGAUUUAUUUUCUUACAUUGUUUAUUCAUACAAAGGGGAAGAAAUGAGACAACAUGGACUGUUCUGCGAAAGUUUGGUUAUGACGAAAGCUUAGAAUUAACACACAGUUACUUGUAUGCUAACAUUAAAGUACCAAUAGGUUGCACUUCUGAGUUGUCUUACAAAGGACAGCAAUUUUUGACACAAUUAUUUGAAAAAUAUGAUAGAGACAAAGAUGGUAUGCUUAAUCCAACAGAACUAAAAAAUGUUUUUUCCUGCUGCACAAGAAUACCAUGGCAUAACUUGCGAUAUACUGUGCCUACAAAUGAAAAGGGUUAUUUAACUCUACAAGGUUGGAUGUGUCGCUGGACAUUGAUGGCAUUAACAGACUUGCAAAGUACAAGUGCCUACUUAGCGUAUCUGGGUUUUAAUUUCUUAGAAAAUGAGUCUCAAAGAACGGCUAUACACAUAACUCGGGAGAAGAAGAUUGACAUCGCCAAAAAACAGUCAAGCCGCAAUGUUUACCAAUGUCACGUCAUUGGCCCUCGGUCUUGCGGGAAAACAUCGAUUUGUAGAAGUUUCCUUGGCAUAGCACAUAAGAAGAUCAAACCGCAUGCAAACGAGCGUGGCGAUAGCAACACUGCCGAAAAUUAUUGCAUCAAUACUGUUCUUGUAUAUGGCCAAGAGAAGUAUUUAGUAUUGAAGGAGAUUCCAAUCACGCGCGUCUCGGACCCGCUACAGCCGCAUGAAGUGAACUGUGAUGUCGCAUGUUUGGUAUACGAUGUGGGCGCCAGUCGAUCCUUUGAGUAUAUUGCGAGGAUAUACAUAAAAUAUUUCGCCGAAAGCCACAUCCCCGUUUUAAUAGUGGGCACUAAAGGCGACAUGCUCAUCACCAGGCAAGAGUACAUUCUACAACCAGAAGUCUUCUGCAACAAAUACCAACUGCUACCUCCGCAACUGUUCAACAUAAGAGAAAACAAACACGACGUUUUCAUUAAAUUGGCGACCAUGGCAGCAUUUCCACACUUGAAACAUUUUGCAAGUUUAUCCGGAGACAACUCGUCAUGGUGGAAGGCCGGCAUCGGCGUCGCAGCUGCCACCGUCGUAGGACUUGUUCUUAUUAAGAUAUUUAGCUUCCAAAAACGAUGAACUAAGAUACUGCCACUGUUUAACUUAAUUAUUGUACAUAACAUAACUUAUUAAAAUAGUAUUGAAUCGUGCAUUGUUGUUUUGAAAGCUUGUUGAAAAUAACCAAAGAAACAAUUUGAAUGCAUAGUAUAUUUUUUGUUGUAAAUAAAAUAGUUAAUGGUAUGGAAA